AUGUAUGUGAAGCAGCGAGGCGCGCAGAAGGAUGGGGAGCCAAGCGUUCGUCUCAUGGACGACGUGAAACGGCUUACCCAGCUGGAGCAGUACCUUCCAGCACACAUCUUCGGCACAGUUCUGCCUCUCGUAGAGGAGGAAAUCGCAAGUAGCGCGGUGGAGCUGAACGCGCAGGUGGACGGUACACGCCAGCUUCUCCUGCAAUCGGCGGCGCUGCGGCGGUCGACCGUGCUGGCGCCGCUGUUGAAGCAGCUGCUUGUCACGCGGGCCAUUCAGUUGCAACGACGCCGCGCACAGUUGGUGCAGCAGCUCCAGCGGCAGAUUCGCCACUGGCGCUCGAACCCACCAGGAGCUGGCGCGAUUAUCGCUUCCAGCGGCGGUGGGUCCUACCGUCGCGGUGGCCCACUGAGCGGGUCAGCAGCAGCUGCUCUGGCGCACGCUGGCGAGGGGGCACUACGGGAGACGUGGGCCACGUUGCGGGAGGCGUUCCGCUUUGAGGAGGCUAGGGCACACCUCGUGCAGGCGCCGUUGUGCCCGUCCGCUGCAGCGUUACGUGCGCUUCUGGCCGAGGUGGUGGCGGGAGGUCAGCGCGGGCUGCACCGACGUGUUGUGGAGCAGGUGGCUGGUACGAGUCCGCACCAAAGCCAGCGCCCCACCACGGCCUCCCCCUCCACCAAAGCUGCCGGGGGCUCUACCAAAGGCAAUCGUGAGGCGGAUGUGAGCGGUAGCGGUGGCAGUGAGGGUCCAGAGGACGCAAUCGAAGCUGCACUGCAGCUCCUCCUCCGCUAUGCAAGGCAGGCACAGGCGGGGGUACUGGGAGCCGAUCGGACAUCAGCCAGGGGAAGAGCGCCGCAGUCUGGGGUAUCGUCACCAACUCCUGCUUCGUCGGCGCCUCUCACCGAAACCACUGGCUUACAACCCUCUGCGGUUCAUGGUCGCCUGCAAGCGGCAGAUCCGAUCGAUGUGUGCGACGUGGACAUGUAUUCGAACGACUUGGAGGAGCAGGCGCAGGACGCGGAGGAGGACGUCUUUGAGAAGAGUCAAAUUCUCCAACAACAGAGAGCUGCGGCAGCUGUGGGUGAAGUACCAGGUAGCGGCACCGCUUCUCCAACAGCACAAACGCCCUCUGCCACAGGAGCGGCAUCAGAGCAAGCUUCCAUGUGGCUCCGCGUCCCUGGCAUUUUACCCCUUGGUCAGUACUGCGCGGAGUUACCGUGGGUAGCCGACCUUGCCGCCCAACGGUACACCGAAGCAUGUGAGCGCAAGAAGCACUGCAGUGGCGGCGCUGGUGAGGUGGGCUACAUCAGUCGCCAUCUGCAACCCGGGGAGCAGGGCAGCGGCGAGAGUGUGGAGGGUAAGGAGGUACGCUACGAGGCCGGUUACAUUGCCCCCACACCAGCAGCUCUACAGAUGAUGCCGCCACUCGGCUACCUCUUCGCCCCUACUUUGGCGUGUGGCUCUGCUGGUAGCGUCUGCAGCGGCGGCGAGUCCGUCGUUGGGCGUGCCAUGCGCCACGCCGCUGGUGGUCCAGCAGAUGCCCCGCACGCUGCGCCUGCUGACUUCCGUGAGGAGCGUGAAGGGGCCACCUCUGCGCAAGAAGAGGAGCGUUCGUGGAUGGCGCGCGUAGUGGUCAAGUGCGUCUCUGCAGCCGUGGACGCGGCAUGGCAGGAUGUGGAGGAGACCGUGGUGGCGCCCUUCUGCGCUCAGCGGCGCCGUGCCUUCUCCUCCUGGUCGCUCUCAGCUGAGACCACGCUUGCUGCUGUUCCUGUGGGAGCUUCGGCAAGGGGAGGAGAGGCUGCCGACGAGGAGGAAGUGAUAACGCAGUUCAUGGAGGUACUGCGCGUGCGCUACGCUGUGGAGCUAGCGGCCCAGGUGUUAGCGGCCCGCCACGCUACGGAGCUGCUGCUCGACAGUGAGGACAGCGUGAUAUUUGCCGAAAGGAGGCUUGUAGCAGUCGUGGUCGGCGGCGGCUCCUUUUCAGCAGGUGCGUGCAGUGAGGGCCAUGACGCGGUAGCGGCUAAGCGAGCGUCACCGUCUCCAGCACCAGUGCUCACCUGCACAGUGCUCAGCCUUCCAGGGGUGACGGAAAUCUUCUACGUGAUGGCGUACUGCACAGGAGCCGCUCUGCUAUCUGAUGUGACCGCCGCUAUAUCGAUUUCCGGCUACGAUGUCGGCAACCGACAAGGUGGCGCAGAUGCCCUUCAGCGACAAGAGUGUUUGAUACUCGACUUGGACGCCGAGGAAGACGAAGAGGAGGAUCAGCUAGAGGAGAGGCCCCUGGCGGAGCAUGACAGCCGCCUGACUGGCGAUCCUCGACGCAUCUUCUCCCCCUCCGCCUCACAGCGGGCAGACCUUGCCAACGAAGAGGACCCUGUUGCCCAGCGGCAAGCGUCUCUGCAGGCCUGGGCUGCAUUCUUCGAGGACGAGUACCUCAGAGGUUGCCAAAGCACUACCGCCUCCGCGGAUGUGCCUUGGUCUGCCGGUCGGGCCUCGGUGUACUCAUCUUGGUCGCUGGCCCCCUACUACCGUCUGUGGCUGUACCUGUGGGAGUACGUGCUGGUAGUGGCAGCGCCUACGUCCUCGUCAACCGAUGCUCUGCACAGCAGUGGCGCUGCUGAGCGGGACUGCUUCAUUGCACAGUACAGUCACAGCUCUCAGCGUUCUUCGCAGCACCCACGGGGCCAACGCCAACCCUAUCAUCAUGGCGGCGCCAGUCUCGCUCAGAUUCCUAUUUCAUUGCGUACGGCGCGGCGCUGGAUGGAAAAGGUGAUCCGCGCGUCUAUGAUGUACGGCUGCACCGAGGCGGGGCUGUUGGUGAGCUGCGCCACGCCAGCGAGUCUCGUAUACGAGCCAGAGACGUGUCUACAGACGCACCUAUCGGUGGAGCAGACGGAGCGACUCAUGAAGGCGACAGCGCUGCAGGCGCGUCGAGCGCUUUUGCAGGUGUCCGGGGCCGGGGGAGCGGCAGUGAAAUCUCCCCCUCAUUGA